GUACCCUCCCGCUACACGCACACCCACUCCCUUACGCAUUCUGGGUCUUCGGUUCUAAUUAGCAAUGGGAGAGCGACUACUAAAGCAACAGAUGCUCCGGUCCCCAGUCUCCUAGCAAACGGAUCCUUGGUGGAAAGAUGGAUGAGCACUUACCAGAACAGCACAAUAUUCCAAGGAUGGUCAACCUAUCAAAGACUAGUAAUGAAUCUUCCAACUUACCAAGUGUUGAAGAAGCUGACAAACAGUUCUAUAUUCAGGAUGAUGUACAUAUUGCAGACACAAGAUGUGAAAAAAGCACUUUAAGCAUAGAAAAUGAAGAGUUAAUACUGGAUCCCACCUUACCAUCUAUUGAUUUAAAUGAGGAUGGAGAUGUAAUUGAAGCACAACCUGCUCCAGAUUUUAAUGGAGAUUGCUGUGAGUUAAAAACAAAAGAAUCCAAGGAAGCAGAUUGCUUGCCCAGUGGACAAGGCGAACAACAGGUUUUGAAAACUGAGGACAAAAAUCAAUCCUUGACAGACCUAUUUCAGGAUCCUGUGAAAAGACCUUAUGGGGUCUGUUCAGAGAGCCCAUAUGACACGGAUUACACUAAGAACCUAAUCUCAAAUCUAGAGAAUGCUUCCUCUCAGGACGCUUUGCUAGAAGAAAUUGAAUCUGAGCUCCUGUCAACAGAUUUGUUGAAAAAUCCCACACUUUCAAACGGAAUGUGCAAUACGAAGACUACAUUGGCUCUAUUUGAAAAAUGCAUUCAAGAUAAAUAUUUACAGCAAGAGCACAUAAUAAAGAAAUUGAUUAAAGAAAACAAGAAGCAUCAGGAAUUAAUUUUGGACAUUUGUUCAGAAAAGGACAACUUAAAGGAUGAGCUGAAGAAGAGAACAGAAACUGAAAAGCAAUAUCUGAAUAUAAUUAGACAGCUGGAAGUCAGAAUAGAAGAUGUCCAGAAAGAAGCUAAAACAGUUAAAGAUAAACUUGUAUCUCAGGAUGCUGCUGCAAAAAACGCUAUACAGCAACUGCACAAAGAGAUGGCCUUUCGUACAGAUCAGGCAAACAAGAAAUGUGAAGAAGCCCGUCAAGAAAAGGAAGCUAUGGUCAUGAAGUAUGUUAGAGGAGAAAAGGAGUCUUUGGACCUCAGAAAGGAAAAGGAGAUCCUUGAAAGAAAUCUGAGAGACGCAAACAAAGAUAUUGAAAAGCAUACUAACAAAAUCAAGCAGCUUUCCCAGGAAAAAGCAAGAUUGCACCAACUAUUUGAAAGCAAGGAAAAUGAAACCACCAGAAUGUCACGAGAUAUAGAAAAAUUAAAAGAAGAAGUCAAUUCUUAUGUGAUCAAAGUAAAAUGGGCUCAAAACAAAUUAAAGGCUGAAGUGGAUUUACACAAGGAAACCAAAGAUCGCCUUAAAGACGCAACAACAAAGUUAACUCAGGCCAAGGAGGAAGCUGAGCAGAUACGAAAGAAUUGCCAAGAAAUAAUAAAAACAUAUCAGGAAUCUGAAGAAAUUAAAUCCAAUGAAUUGGACCUAAAACUUCGACUUACCAAAGGAGAACUGGAGAAACAAUUGCAAGAGAAAUCUGAUCACCUAGAGGUCCAUCAUGCCAAGAUAAAAGAGCUUGAAGAUGUGAAGCGAACAUUUAAGGAAGGCAUGGAUGAAUUGCGAACGUUAAGGACAAAGCUGUCUUCCGACUCUAAAGAUGAACAAGAAAUGAACUCUUGGAAGGAAGAAGUGGAUAGUCUGAAUACACUGCUUAAUGACUUCCAGAAGGACAUAGAUGGCAGCCGUAAAAGAGAAUCUGAGCUGUUGAUGUUCACCGAAAAGCUAACCACGAAGAAUGCCCAACUCCAGUCAGAAACCAACUCCUUACAGUUGCAGCUUGAUAAGUUAACCUUCACGGAAAGAGAGUCUCAGAAUCAGCUGGAACUUGUUAAUCAAGCAAGAGAUGAACUGGCGAAUAAGUUGAAGAAGGAAGAAGAGCUCCACAGAAAUAAGGUCCAGAUGCUGGAGAUGGAACUGGCAUCUCAACAGAAAUCAUUUGCAGAUUUGAACACCAAGGCAGAGGAAUUAAAAGAUGAACUCAUGACGCAGAAGCGAAAGCAUACUGCAAAUCUUAAAGAUCUCACCAAACAGCUUCAGCAAGCACGAAGAAAAUUGGAUAACCUUGAAAAUGGCAAUUGUGAUAAAGAAAUCAGCAGCAUGGGGAGUCGUUCCAGCUCAUCAGGGUCUCUUAAUGCUCGGAGCAGCAAUGAAGAUCGUUCACCAGAAAACACUGGCUCUUCAGUAGUUGUCGAUCAUUUUCCUGAAGUGGACAAAACUAUCUUGAUUGAGCGGAUAGUAAGACUGCAGAAAGCACAUGCUCGAAAAAACGAGAAGAUGGAGUUCAUGGAAGAUCAUAUCAAACAGCUAGUGGAAGAAAUCAGGAAAAAAACCAAAAUAAUCCAGAGUUACAUUUUGCGGGAAGAAGCUGGCACACUUUCAUCUGAAGCAUCAGAUUUCAAUAAAGUACAUUUAAGUCGGCGCGGUGGAAUCAUGGCCUCUCUCUAUACAUCACACCCGGCAGACAGUGGACUCACAUUGGAACUCUCUCUGGAGAUAAAUAGGAAACUUCAGGCAGUCCUGGAGGAUACCUUAUUGAAAAAUAUUACCCUAAAGGAAAAUCUGCAAACUCUUGGAACUGAAAUAGAACGGUUAAUUAAGCAGCAACAUGAAUUAGAGCAGAGGCUUACACAGACAUAACUGAGACCAAGAUCAGAAAAGUAGAUGUUCCAACUUUGAUGAUUAUAUAAAAUUGGAUGACCAGCUAUGUGUUGUCAGUCCAACAAAGUUUUAACAAAACAAAGUUGAUUGGGAACAACUUUGACCAGAUCCAAAUGUCUGGUUUGUUUAAACGGAAUGGAGACUUUGAACUUUUCUGAACCUACUUCUAUCCAUCACUGAAAUUAGUCAUAUCAACACUUACAGCUUCUUCUGUUAGAGAGAAUGCAACCACUCUGCUUUGUGCAAUUAAAGAAGCAACUUUUAAAAAUGGACUGCUGUAUAAGACUGGUGCAUUUGUUGUUGAUGUUUUUUUGCAGAAGGUAGAUGAGAAAAAAGGGUGGCUGUUGCAUGUAUAUUAACCCCAGUGCCUUCUAAGGCAUACACUUUUUUCUUCAAAUAUACAUGCGUUCUUGGAUAUAUUUAGAUUUGUUAUUUAUAAUAUGCAUUGGGAAAGGGCUUCAUAGUACACAUUCUUUCAAUAUACAGUUGAAAAAUAUGUCAGGUAUUUUAGCAACUUGACCAAAAACAUUUUUUAAAAUCCCUCGAGUCCUCAGAUGUGAAUAGUGUCUUUUUUGUUUUUUAAAACAAUCACCUUUUUAAAAAAAAGAACAUUGGAAAACUCUGUAGUGUAUAGACAUAAGAGGUUAAAACCGAUUUUGUAUAUAUGGGAAAAUAAAAUAUAGAAUCAUAAAGCCUUCACAUCUUGCAGAUUGACUGUGUUCAUUGAAAUGGAAAUAAUAGACAUUGUAAUUAUUGCACAUAAGCACAAGUGAUGUUACAUAUAUCUGUGCAAGUGGCUGAUAACAUCCCAUAUUGAUAGGAAAGAAAAGGGAAUAUAGCCAGAUACUGAAGAUACUGAGAUCACUUCCAUAACUAUUUAAUAAUAUUAGUCUAAUUGUACAAAUAAUGACAAUUGUUCUUUAUCUUCAUCUAUAUAGCUUUGGUUGGAAUAACAACUACAGAAUUCAUAAUGACCAUGCUGGUUGGUUAUUCUGUAAGACUUUUUUUAAAGGUUAUAUUUAUAUUCUGCCUGUUUACCCAGUUUUGCGUAGCACCCAAGGCAGCUCAUCCUGGCACGCUUAAGAGAAGAUUGCAAGUGGGAUGCAAUGUAAGAAUAAUGGGAGAAUGAAUAAAGUAUCAUGGCUUAAAACUGGAGAUGAGAGCAACUAUUGCAGUACUAAGCAUAAAGCAUUAAAUAUAAUUAAGGCUAUGAAUAAUGUUGGUAGAGAGAAUCAAGGAUGUUAUGAUGAUAAAAACAUCUUCCAUGCUUCUCCCACAACUUGGGAACAUCCGUGCAGUUGGCUAGGAAUAAGAUGAGUAGUGAAUGACAUCUGCAUUAACCUUGCAGAAGAGAAAGUGAACUGAUACAAGCUUUAUUGCUUUGACAAGCACUAGCAUGUGUGUAUCUAUGGUUCCAAAGUGCGACAGAUUGAAGCUCAAAUACCCUUUUGUUUUUUCUCAAUGGCCAAAGGGAAGCAAUAGAUUUUUAGGUAUGUUAAGAAAAUACCUAGCCUUCCUCUUUUUAUCGCUGCUGCGCUUUUAGGAAGACAGCACUUUAAAUGAAUCCAUUGUUCGAACAUUUUUCCCCCUUUUGCUUGGUUAAAAAUAGUUUCUGUCCAAAAAUGUACUAUUACCAAACACUUGAAUCUCGUAUGAUUACUUUUAAAAUAAGGUAAUCAGAAAGUCAAUCAAGAGUUUUUCAUUUUAUCAAUAAAAUAAUCUUUCCUGUGAUCCGUUCUAUUUUAUUUCCUCUUGCCUGUACUGUAUAUGAGAGGGAGGCAGCAACGGUUUCGAGUUGCAGUAUUCCUUGUGAUUGUUUAUUCCAAAGUACAAAACUCUUUUAGCACUGUUUACAUAGUUGCAUGUGAUGGUUCUAUUCCUCUUCUCAAGUACAGAGAUUUUAAGACAUGCUUUGGGGAAAACAACAACAACCAGUAUCCAAGGUUAAACAAAUUUCUUGUAUAAACGUGUACAUAGUGCUAGAGUUUGUAUUUUUCUAAAAGUUGUGCUUUUCAUAUUUUUCCAAAAAUACAACACAUGUAUAGCUGCAACAUUACAACAAGCAAAGAUGCUUGCCUUCUGAUUCUUAAUGUUAAAUUGUACAUUAUAUCUAGGAUUGUGGAUAUUGCUGUACAGAAUAAUUUUUAGAUUACAAUCCUAUGUUUUCCUGCUGAGGAAAUAACUUCUGUUCAAUACAACUGGACUUACUGCUGGAUAUUUUUCUGCAUACUGUUUUUACUUCAUGUUUAACAAAUUAGGACUGAAAUAAUAAAAGAGAAUGCCCUAGUUAAUCACAAAAUAUUGAGUUUAAGGACUGAAAUUGCAUGUCAAAGUAUUUGCAAAAGCAGAGUUUCUCACAUGUGUAUGACAGAGCUAUAUUCAUUUUCAGACUAGUAUAUUGCUGACCUUCAAAACUUUAGCCUGUGAACUAGGCCCAUGUUUGUAAUUAUACUGAUGAAUGUUUAAAUUGCAUUCAAACUAUAUUAUUCUUGAAUAAUAUAGAAGUUUGAAGAUAAACCUUGUUUGAGUACGAAAAGGAUUACUUUGUGAAAUGCAAAAUGUACUGCAGUAACGGUCAAUCCAAAGAAAUGAGCUUUUCUAAAAACACAGUUAGAAAUAAGCCUGACAUAUCCUCAGCAUGAGCAUGGUUAUCUUCUAAAUGUUAGAAAUGUAUCUUAAUAUACACGUUGCAUCAGAUCACCUUUGUCUUGGCUUAGUAAGCCUUGUAUUUGUACACUCACCUAACCCAUUUCAAAAUGGAUAAUUUGUUUA